AGACAGCUUUAGCACGACAGUGCCACCCCACCCUCUCUGAUUCAUUCUCCCCAUUCCCCAACGCCAACUGAAAGUCUGGAACGGCUCACCCACCGCUCUCACUCCCCCCGCUCCUCCAAAUCUCGCCCCUUCCGCCAGAUCCAGCCGCCCCAGGCCCCCAGCCAUGUCGUCCUCCGACCAGGAGGAGGAGUACCACGACGAGGGCUCCCCGCUCUUCCGCGACGACUCCGAGGACUCCGGCCGCCGCCGCCGCUCCUCCUCCGGCCCGUCGUCGGCGGCGGUGGGCGAGGUGCCGGUCUCACAGUCCAUCAUCAAGGCGGCCAGCAACGUCUGCUUCUCGCUCUUCGUGCUCGCGGUCCUCGCCAUCACCGUCGCCGCCGUCACCUACCAGCCGCCCGACCCCUGGCUGCAGUCCUCCGCCGCCCUCACCACCUCCCUCUCCCGGGUCCUCCCCAACUCCACCUUCCUCGUGCCCGACGACUCGCUCCUCCCCACCGGCGAGGACUUCAACUCCUCUUCCUCCUCCGCCGCCGCUCAGCGAGACGCGACCGACCAGGCUGCUGCUGCCGACGCCACCCCCGCCGCCGCCGCGGGGAGCUGCGACGACAACGACCCCGACGCGCCGGUCAACUGCUCCGACCCGCGCGUCCUCGCGGCCGUCAAGGCGUUCAAUGCCAAGGCCUUCUUCCGGAAGUCCAUCGUCUUCCUCAGCUACGAGGCGCCCGUGCCCGGCCCCAAGCCCGGGGAGUGUGACGUCGCCUGGCGGUUCCGGAACCGGCGGGAGAAGUCGUGGCGCCGGUACAGGGACUACCGCCGAUUCGCGCUCACCGCUGGGGAGGGGUGCGCUCUCGAGAUCGUCAGCGUCGGCAAGUUCCGGUCGGGGAAGAACGCUGCUCGCUCGCCGCGUCGGACAAAGGGUCCCAAGAGCCCGCACGUCGCGGCGCCACCGGUUGAUGCGGAGAUCAAUGACACGGUCCCGGUGGUUGGGUCAGAGGCAGAGUUCAGGAAAGGGAAGUACUUGUACUACAUGAGGGGCGGUGAUCAUUGCAAGAGCAUGAACCAGUUCAUAUGGAGCUUCUUGUGUGGGCUUGGUGAGGCCAAGUUCUUGAACCGGACGUUCGUCAUGGAUUUGAACAUGUGCUUGUCCGGGGCUCACACGGAGGAUGGCAGGGACGUGGAUGGGAAGGAUUUUAGGUUCUACUUUGAUUUUGAGCACUUGAAGGACUCUGUGUCUCUGGUGGAGGAAGGGGAUUUUCUCAAGGAUUGGCGGCGCUGGGACAAAAAGAAGGGUCCAGGACGGAUCACGGUGCGCAAGGUACCAACAUACAAGGUGACUCCAAUGCAACUUAGGAGGGAGAAAAGCAACAUCAUUUGGAGGCAGUUUGACGGGAAGGAGCCUGAGAAUUACUGGUACAGGGUUUGUGAGGGGCGAGCUGCCAAGGUCAUCCAGAGGCCUUGGUAUGCUAUCUGGAAGUCGAAGAGGCUGAUGAACAUUGUAACUGAGAUUGCAGGUAGGAUGGAUUGGGAUUAUGAUGGCUUGCAUGUGGUCCGAGGUUGGAAGGCACAGAACAAGAAGAUGUACCCAAACUUGGAUGAUGACACGUCACCUGGGGCAAUUGUCGAGAAGGUGACAAAGCUUAUUAAGCCGAUGCGGAACCUCUACAUUGCAACAAAUGAGCCAUUUUAUAACUACUUUGAUAAGCUCAGGUCAUACUUCCACGUGCAUUUGCUUGAUGAUUAUAAGGAGCUUUGGUCAAAUACAAGUGAAUGGUACAAUGAAACGACGACGAUUACUGGUGGGAAGCCAGUGCCGUUCGAUGCAUACAUGAAGGUGAUUGUCGACACCGAGGUAUUCUAUAGAUCAAAGGCAAAGGUUGAAACUUUCAACAACCUGACGAGGGACUGCAAAGAUGGAAUCAAUACCUGCAACUUGUGACAUAUGAGUUCAUGUUGUGAUAAGUAUUGGUAUAUACUCUCCCACUGGCUGGCACAUUUGAACUCAGAGGAACUUCACCCAGGGUUUGUCAUUAGGCAUACAAUCUUGAUAUUGCUUGUUAUAGCAUGUUCAAUUGAUUACACGUUCAUGUGAAUCAUGUGCCCUCCUUUUUUUUGUAUAAUUUAUUCUUCUUGUGCUCAAAUCUCCAAGAUCCAGAUAGUUACUUGAACUUACUUCUUAAUAGCCCUUUUGCAGUAUGCCAACAUCUCUGCUCUCUAAGUCCCCCAUUUAGUUAGCUGGGGAUUUGUGUCUGUUCCCAUAUGAGUGUUGCUGAAUGUUCUUAUGUUGGAAACGAAUUUUCAGUUAACUUAUAUACAGUGCAAUUUACUGUUA